GGAGGUCGGGGGCAAAUGGCCGCUGCCGCCGCCGAGCUGUGCUCCGUCUCGGUCGCGGCCUGCCUGCUGCUGGCCUGCGGCUACGUGGGCAGCCUGUACGUAUGGAGGAGCCCUUUGCCCAGGGACCAUCCGACAGUCAUCAAAAGGCGGUUCACCAGCGUCCUCAUAGUCUCAGCACUUUCCCCUUUAGGCCUCUGGAUAUGGCGGGAAUAUACAGGUAACAAGACAGGUCCCUCGCUGCUAUCACUGAUGGGGUUCCGCUUGGAGGGGGCUUUGGCUGCUGCCUCUCUACCGCUCCUGCUGACGAUGGUGUUGUUCUUUGGCCCACUCAUUCAGCUGUGUAUGGAUCUUCCGUGGGGCUUUGUGGACGGGGUGAAGGUUCUUAUUGACGUGCGGUUCUGGGUGCAGUGUGUGACGGACAUGCGGUGGCUGAGGAACCAGGUGGUGGCGCCGUUGACAGAGGAGCUGGUCUUCCGAGCCUGUAUGCUGCCCAUGCUGGUGCCCUGCACCGGCCUCAACCGGGCCAUCUUCACCUGCCCGCUCUUCUUUGGCGUCGCUCAUUUCCACCACGUCAUUGAGCUGCUCAAAUUCAGGCAAGGGACGGUCUCUGGAAUCUUUCUAUCUGCAGUUUUCCAGUUCUCCUACACUGCCGUGUUUGGGGCCUACACAGCAUUCAUUUUCAUCCGGACAGGUCACCUGAUCGGGCCGGUUCUCUGCCACUCCUUCUGUAACUACAUGGGAUUCCCAGCCAUCGGAGCUGCUUUCGAUCACCCCCAGAAGCUCACCAUCCUGCUCUUCUACCUGCUCGGAGUCUCCCUCUUCUUCCUGCUCCUCUUCCCCAUGACCGAUCCCGUCUUCUUCGGGGAACUUCCCGUCUGCCAGCUCACCAAACCAGACACCGGGCUGUCCAUCUGCACCUGA